ACGGCGCUAUGUGUGGUAUCUUUGCUUACCUGAAUUACCACGUUCCCCGGACCAGACGGGAGAUCUUGGAGACCCUAAUCAAGGGGCUUCAGAGACUUGAGUAUCGAGGAUAUGACUCUGCAGGUGUUGGGAUUGAUGGCGGCAACGACAAAGAUUGGGAGGCCAACGCUGGCAAGAUCACGCUCAUUAAGAAGAAAGGGAAAGUGAAAGCUUUGGAUGAAGAAGUCAACAAACAGCAGGAUUUAGAUCUGGACAUUGAAUUUGAUGUGCAUCUUGGAAUUGCUCAUACCCGCUGGGCCACCCAUGGCGAGCCUAAUCCGGUCAACAGCCACCCGCAGAGAUCAGACAAAGACAACGAAUUUAUUGUUAUCCACAAUGGAAUAAUCACAAACUACAAAGACCUGAAAAAGUUCUUGGAGAGCAAAGGCUAUGACUUCGAAUCGGAAACUGAUACAGAAACCAUCGCAAAGCUCGUCAAGUACAUGUAUGACAACCGCGAGAGCGACGACAUAAGUUUCACCACCUUGGUGGAGAGGGUCAUCCAACAGCUGGAGGGGGCCUUCGCUCUUGUCUUCAAAAGCGUCCAUUAUCCAGGCCAGGCGGUCGGCACGAGGAGAGGAAGCCCUCUGCUCAUCGGGGUUCGGAGCGAGCACAAGCUUUCCACCGACCACAUCCCGAUCUUGUACCGGACAGCCACCCAGUCUGUAGAUCAUUCAUUUGAUGGCGUGUCCCAAAAACUGGAAGAAGGCAAAGACAAGAAGGGCACCUGCAGCCUCUCUCGCAUGGACAGCACCACCUGCCUCUUUCCCGUGGAGGAGAAGGCCGUGGAGUACUACUUUGCCUCGGAUGCCAGCGCUGUGAUUGAACACACCAACAGAGUGAUUUUUCUAGAAGAUGAUGAUGUGGCAGCCGUAGUGGAGGGCCGCCUCUCCAUACAUCGGAUCAAGCGAACUGCUGGAGAUCACCCUGGCCGGGCAGUUCAAACCUUGCAGAUGGAGCUACAGCAGAUCAUGAAGGGUAACUUCAGUUCAUUCAUGCAAAAGGAAAUAUUUGAGCAACCAGAAUCUGUCGUGAACACCAUGAGGGGAAGAGUUAACUUUGAUGACUACACAGUGAAUCUUGGGGGCCUGAAAGACCACAUCAAGGAGAUUCAGAGAUGCCGGCGUCUGAUCCUCAUUGCUUGUGGGACAAGCUACCAUGCAGGCGUUGCUACUCGCCAAGUGCUGGAAGAACUGACCGAACUGCCUGUCAUGGUGGAGCUGGCCAGUGACUUCCUGGACAGGAAUACUCCCGUCUUCCGCGACGACGUCUGCUUUUUCAUUAGCCAGUCAGGGGAGACGGCCGACACGUUGAUGGCCCUUCGGUACUGCAAGGAGAGGGGAGCCCUCACGGUGGGCAUCACCAACACCGUUGGGAGCUCCAUUUCACGGGAGACGGACUGCGGGGUGCACAUCAACGCCGGGCCAGAGAUUGGGGUGGCCAGUACAAAGGCCUACACAAGCCAGUUUGUGUCCUUAGUAAUGUUUGCGCUCAUGAUGUGCGACGACAGAAUUUCUAUGCAAGAACGGAGGAAAGAAAUAAUGCGAGGCCUCAAGCUGUUGCCAGACUUGAUUAAAGAAGUGCUGAGCAUGGACGAUGAGAUCCAGAAACUGGCCACAGAGCUCUACCACCAGAAGUCCAUCCUCAUUAUGGGGCGGGGCUAUCACUACGCAACCUGCCUGGAGGGCGCCCUGAAAAUCAAAGAGAUCACCUACAUGCACUCGGAAGGCAUCCUGGCUGGGGAACUGAAGCAUGGCCCCCUCGCCUUGGUGGAUAAGCUGAUGCCCGUGAUUAUGAUCAUCAUGAGGGACAACACCUAUGCCAAAUGCCAGAAUGCGCUGCAGCAGGUGAUGGCACGGCAGGGGCGGCCUGUCGUGAUUUGUGGUAAGGAAGAUAUUGAGACCAUCAAGAAUAACAAGCGAACCAUCAAAGUCCCCCAUUCGGUGGACUGUCUGCAGGGCAUCCUGAGUGUGAUUCCUUUACAGCUGCUGGCUUUCCACCUGGCUGUGCUCAGAGGCUACGAUGUUGACUUUCCAAGAAACUUGGCCAAAUCUGUUACAGUUGAAUGAGAUGCUUGCCCAAGGUUGACAAGAGAUUCCUUCCCCUUCACUUUUGGUACCGAAAAACGCUGAUUUUAAACCUUCUCCUGUGAUCAAUUCUUACUUCCAAUCUAGAAAAAUCU